UAGAAGUAAGUCGUAGAAACAGAUUGUUUUGCUUCACGGUUUUUGGUUGCUUCAUAAAAUAUUUCUGAAAAAUUUAACUUUAAAAGUGUUGCAACCGAUAAUAACUAAUCAGAAUGGCUCAAGGAAAACUGAAACUUAAAGGUAAACCCUCGACCAACAAUAAAAAACCUGCCAGCAAAAAAGGAAGUGCUUUUAGCGCACGAAAAAAUGUUCCCAUUCAGUCGAAGAAGCAUAAAUUUCAAGAAUCCCAUAAACUGAAACAGGCAGUCAGUAAAACUGUCAACCGAAAGAACGAGGAUGAAAUUCGUAAAUUGGUCUAUGAAGGACAGAAGAAUCUAAGCCAAGCACAGCAAGCAGUUAUAGAGCAUCACAAACGGCAGGCGACCAACGAGCAAGCAGGAGGAUCUUCUUCAAAGUGAUUGCAAAGAAUAAAUUAACUGUAAAAUAUUCCUUUUUUGUUUUCGUUUAAAAAUAAAUACCUAUAUCAAAAGU